AUGAUCCCUGAAGAACAUCAGCAGUUAUUUCAAGUAGCCAAACAAGCACAAGUGACGCGUAAUGAGGCUGUUAAUAUUAUCAUGUCAUCCAAUAAUCCCAAUGUCUUACUUGGUACAUUUAUUCGUGUUCUUUUAGAGCUCUUUGAUCAUCGUGAAGAUUAUAUUAUCGCUCGUGUUGGGGGUAUUGUGACUGGAGACUUCUAUGGUGGAUUCUCCACCAACACAAGUGUCCGCACGGAUAAAUAUUUGGUGUUGGUACUUCCCCCGCAUCUUGCGAGUAUUAAUGGGACCCAGUAUCAAUUAAACAGUGUGAGUAACUCCACCAUGACAGAUGCCGAGUUUGUGCGUUGGAUAGAAAUGAUGCAACCCUUUGGUUAUAUUAGUCCACAUCCUCAUAUGAAUAGUGCUGCUGGGAAUGAGAAUGUUGAGAUGAGUGUUGGAUUAGGAAUUCCACAACAACAGGAGUUGGCGGCUGUGGCGGAGCGGCUGCGUAGUGUAGUGGGAAAUGUACGGCAUGCACACGGAGCUCGACAGCGACGGGCGAGUCAAGUGAGUCAAAGUAUGAACAGACGACCAUCCGUUUCGUUGGUGAUCCCACCAGGGGGAACCGCAGAUCCCACGAGAGAUCUACCGCCUGGUCGCCAUAAUAAUAAUAAUAAUAAUAAUAAUAAUAAUAAUAAUGGGAAUUUUCUUUCAGAGUCAGGUGGAUUUCUCUCAGCGUAUGGAGAUAUGAUGGGAGGAGGAGGAGGAGGCGAUAAUAAUAAUAAUAAUAAUAAUAAUAAUAAUGGGAUGGGUGGAUUAGCGCGAUUUACACGACAGGGUACGGUUCUCACACCUAACGCAGGAAUUCACCAUCAUCAUAGUAAUAAUAAUAAUAAUAAUAAUAAUAAUAAUAAUAACAAUAAUGUCAGUAUGGCGACUAUUAAUGGUGGACAUUUGGCGUUUAAACCUUUUAAUGGAACUCCAUCCCCACGUCCAGCCUCUGCAGGUAUGGGCGUAAAUGCGGAUAUGAAUGCAGGGGAAAAAGAUUUUGAUUUACCCACACAUCAUCAAGUACGGCAGGAUCUUAUUAAUAAAAUGAGUCAACGCAAUGUUUUAUUUCCAAAGAAUAUUAAUGAAUUAAAAUUACCACAACUACGGCUAACAGAACGUGAUAUGAUUGAAUAUCUUGAACAUGUGCGUGAGGCUAUUUCCAGUAAACAGGAAAACUGCGUUGUUUGUAUGGAUCACGUGCCAACUGUUAUUUCACUUCCAUGCCGUCAUAAAGUACUUUGCCGACUGUGUGCCUCUUCUGUAAACACAUGUCCUGUUUGCCGCAGUCAACUGAUUGAGUUGUUUGAACCGAAGGAAAUAUAA